AUGUCGAGUAAUCAACGUCAAGUAUUACUAGCGGGAGAGUAUGCACAACGUCGUCUGUUAUCUCGUAAAUCGCCUCUUGCGGUCUUUAAAUCGCAACUCGAAGCUCAACAGUUACCAAUACUGCCGUCGAAAGAGCAACAGCAACAUCAGCAUAAACAAGACGAACUUGAAGAGCAGGAGCAAAAGCAAUCAGAGAGACAGUUGGAAUGGCCAGAACAAGACGGAGCUGAUGCGAAACUGGUUGUCAAUGUUGACCCCAUGAGUAUACAAAUCGGUCGUGAAAUUGGGAAAGGGGCUUUUUCAAUUGUUUACGCUGGAUAUUACCGUGGUCAACAUGUUGCAGUGAAGUGUCAACCAAAAGAUGGACAUGGUAAUAUUCCCGCAUUGGUCUUGCGUGAAGUACAAGUGUUACGUUUACUUCAGCAUCCGAGAUUAUUGCAAUAUAUUGGAACUGCUGAUAAUGUUCAUGCUCGACAAGUUUGGAUAUUAAGUGAAUAUUUGACUAAUGGGGAUGUGGAUCUACUGCUUAAGGCUAUUCGUACUGAGAAGAAACGUCAUCUUGGCUGGUAUUGUAUGGUACAAAUUGCAUUAGAUGCAGCUUUGGGCAUUGAGUUUUUGCAAGCAAGACACAUUGUUCAUCGUGAUAUCAAGUCAUCCAAUAUCCUACUGGAUGAUCAACAUCGUGCCAAGCUCUGUGAUUUUGGCUUUGCAGUCAUGAUCCAACCUGCUGGUGCAGCUGAAUCGGAAGCAAGUAAACAGCAUCGCAAAUCGUACUGCGGGACGGACGCUUACAUGGCACCAGAGAUGUUUUUGGACGAGGAUUAUGAUCAGAGUGUUGAUAUUUUCAGCUUUGGAAUCGUGCUGAUGGAGAUAUUGUGCUGUCGUGUGGCCAAUUCCGACGGGUUCUUGAUGCGUCUGCCUCAAUUCAAGUUUCAAGUGUCUUCGACAGAGUUUCGUGCUGCUCUCCCAGCCUCGUGUCCUCCUGCACUUGCUACUCUCGCCGAGCAAUGCGUGUCAUUUGAGCCAAGUGAGCGCCCCAAUAUCAAGACUAUUGUGAGAACACUUGAAAAUGCGCUGAAGCACAUUAGCAACUCGCAGCACGACGUUGUAGAGCUUGUUCCUUUCACGUCUGAGAAGCGUGAUUUGAAAACUGGUGCAAACGAUGAUGAUGCUAAGUACGGUGAAGACAAUGAGGAUGGUAGUGAAGAUGACGAUGAUGAAGAGGAGGAUGACGACGAGGACAUAGAGGAGGAGGAGGAGGAGGAGAGAACUUACAAUCUGCAGACAAAUGGUCGUCACAAUACGAUGGGUAUGGAGUCGGAUGAAGAAGAGCGCAGUGUGCGCUCGCAAGUUGUUGACGACCCAUUUUUGGACGAGAGAAGUGUUUGUAGUGACGUGAUAGCACAGCCUGCAUCUCCAGCUCCUUACUAUGAAGGAGUGAUUCUGAAGCGCGGCCGCCGCGGCAAGCGCACGUGGGUCGAGAAAUGGUUCAUCGUAGACCAUGACCAGCUCCACUACACGGACGUCCCGCCACGUUGGCAACAGCAUCAGCAACAGAAUCCGGAUUGGCGUUGCACGCUGCUACCCAUUUCAUCGCUAUCACUUCGCGAGUGUCGCAUCUGGAAAACAAGGGAGAUGCCUGAACUGCAAUUCAACCUAAUCGAUAACAACUAUAAGAUCAAACGUGAACUCCAGGCUGUGUCAAAGCGCGACCUCGAGUUGUGGAUAGAGCUCAUUAAUCGGGCCAUCGACUACGCUAAUGACGUCUAUGCGCAUGAGCACGAUACGAGAAGUAACAGCACGACAGGAACAAGCGUGAGUAGCAGUAACGCGAGUCGCCCGAGUUGCAACAAAGUCAAUGAACUGCAGCCACGCAGCCAAGAGCUGUCGAAGCCGCUAGAUCAGAGACUAAAGGCAAAGUCAGUUGUUGCGGAUCCGCGGAUGACAAGGCGUCGGAGUAGUGUUACGAAAUAUGACGAACCACCCGAGUUACCUGAGACGGCAGAGGAUCGCGUAGAUGAAGUGUACAUUUGGCUCAAGCAUAUCGGCUUUCAGCGGUACACGCCUAUGCUGAAAGCAAAGGGCUUCACUUCACUCGACUUUAUUCGCGAGACCGGCAUUGAGAUGGAAGAUUUAAACUUCGUGGGUAUCAAGGAGCCCGUAGCUCGCAAAUCGAUUCGUGCAGCAGCUAGGACACUUCGGGGUGAUGAUGAUUGA